AUGACGGCUCUGCGGCUGCUUCUGGCUUCGGCCCUGGCCUGCGCUCUGCAUGCGCCUGCCUGCCACGCUGCCUGCGUGGAGGUGGAUUCCGACACGGAGGCGGUGGCGGGAAAGGGCUUCAAGCUGGGCUGCAUCUCCUGCAAGAUGCGGCUGGAGGUCCCUGCCACCGCCACGGUGGACUGGUACUUCAAGGCCAGAGACGAGAGCGACUUCACGCAGAUAUACAGCUACGUGUACCAGAACGAAAUGGUCACGGACGACCGCUUCUGGGCUCGGCUGCACUGGAACGGCAGCAAGAGGACCAGUGACCUUCAGGAUGGGUCCAUCUACAUCCUCAACGUGACCUUCAACGACACGGGCGUCUACCGCUGCUACUUCGACCGCACCCUCAACUUCGGCAACUACGAGUACCGCGCCAACGCCACCAAGUUCAUCACCCUCAACGUGGUCGCCAAGGCCACCAGGGGCACGGCGUCCAUCCUGUCGGAGGUGAUGAUGUACGUGUCCAUCAUCGGCCUGCAGGUGUGGCUGGUGGUGGAGAUGGUGUACUGCUACAGAAAGAUCUCGGUGGCUGGGGAGGAGGCCCUCAGAGAGAGCGCAGCGGAGUAUUUAGCUAUCGCGUCGGAGAGUAAGGAUAACUGCGCCGGCGUUCAGGUGGCGGAAUAGCACAGGGCCAUAAAAGGGGCCGCCGCUACUACUGCCUCGUCCCCAAAUUUCACCUCCCCUCGCCCCGAAUCGAGUCCUCACCACCCCCCAACCGCCCCUCUCAUCACUCAGUGAAUACAAUGUGAAAAGGAAGAACCCUUCCCUUUUCCAGCUAUCAACAGUGACUAAAUCAAGCAAACAGGAAGAUUUUCAUUGAAUCUGUGGAAAAUGUAUUGCCACAGAGAAUAAUAAUGCUGACAACUAAGGGCAAGAAAGGACCUUUGAAGAAACAAAGACUUAGAAUAGCAUGCUCGUGUAAAACAUGUAUGUAAUAUUGAAUAUGAUAUGUAUAUAUAAUUAUGUACACAUCUUGAGAAUAUAUCUUGUUACAUUAUAUAGGUCUAUAAGAGAUAAUAUGAAUAUUUAUCGGUGUAAAUGCACAGCACUCUCUCUCCAUCGAUGUACCCAGAAAUUAGCUGGCUUCAUAUGUACGUUAUCAUCCUGCUGUGUAAAGUGAACUCAGCAUCAGUUAGGAUGCUGUAGAGAUGUGUAGAAGAAGCUUAUAACAGCAUCUUAAGUCCACACAUCGGUGGUGUUACCGGCUGCUUUUGUCAAGUCUUCGACAGCGCUACUGGAAAGUAAUCGGAUAGGUUAACGCAUAAGCUAGAUCAGAAUUGUAAGUGACUACUAGGAAAACAUUUCUGCAGAGUUUAUCUGCACGGUGGAAUUGCAGAAGCUGCAAGCGAGAGGGAUGCUACGUGAGAGGGUGGGUUGGAAGGUCCACUGGAAUAAUGACCUGUAUUUACUGCAUCACCUCUCACUCCUGAAUAACAGGGCUAUCCUUCCACGGACAAAGCACUGCCUCGCUACCUUCUGGAAGCAUUGCAGCGGUAUUCAAUGUUGUUGUCUUUUUUUGUUUUUUAAACACACCCAUCUUUGUGAAAAAUAGACCCGUGUGCACCGAUCGUAUGGGACUCAUGUGACGGGGUCCUGGUAAUGAAAUUGAUGAAAUCGUUUACCGAACGCCGUGCUUCUGUAUGUGCUGCUGCAUGGUGCAUGCAUUUCGUCAUUUGUGUGUAAUCACAGAACACCUACAGCUCUUACCUGUUAAAAAUACAUACCUGUAGCUUCUGGACCAUGAAGACGAGCGGAAAGGGAAGUUAAAGCUGCAUUCUCUUCCGUGAUAUGACCUAGGACCAAGAAAUCAUUUUUCACCAUAUUGGCAGAAAAGGAAAACACAUAUUCAUAGAAGGAAAUAUUCAUUGGCGCUUCUUUAACCCCCAGUACUCCCAGUUUAGCAGCGCUUUAUAACGAAACGUAGGUUUAUUGUGAGAAAAAUCCCCAUUAAAAUGUCUAUAUGUGCGUGAGUCCGAAUAAGUCCCAAAUCCAUGGCUUAGAUAUGCAAAACUUGGCCUCGGAGAUGAGUCGUGUGGUUGGCAAAACACUGUGAGUCAGAAAUACAUUAAACUGUAUCCCUGCUGAAUUUAUUUAUAACUGUGAGAAAACACAAAUGCCUGUAUUCAUGAAAGCCAAAAGGACUGACAUGUUUCCACACCUGAGGGUGGAGAAUUCAGAGCGUUUCAUUCCCUCUUUAGCACGGCUGCACAACCCUGUUCCUGGAGUCCGUCCUGUCUCAAAACCCUAACAGAGCACCCCUUACCCAGCAGCAUGAGAUCUCUUUGAGCUGCUUAUCUGUAGAACCAGGUGAGCCUAUUUAUCAUCGACAGGAAGUGUUGAGGGCGGCACGGAUGGUGCAGUGGGUAGCAAGGAGGCCUCUCUGUGUGGAGUUUGCAUGUUCUCCCCGUGUUCGUGUGGGUUUCCUCUGGGUACUCCGGUUUCCUCCCACAGUCCAAAGACAUGCAGGUUAGGCUGAUUGGAGAGUCUAAAUUGCCCGUGGGUAUGAGUGUGUGAGUGAAUGGUGUGUGUGCCCUGCGAUGGACUGGCGACCUGUCCAGGGUGUAUUCCUGCCUUUCGCCCAAUGUAUGCUGGGAUAGGCUCCAGCCCCCCUGCGACCCUGUUCAGGAUAAGCAGGUUAGAAUAAUGAAUGAAUGAAUGAAUGGAUGGAUGGAUGGAUGGAAGUCUUGACGUGAAGGCAGAUCACCAGGAACAGGGCUGGCUGGGCCUGCUCUUAAGUUUAAGAAUGUGGCUUAAAUUAAUGAAUGUACUCAACCUGUAAAGCAAGAGAAAGUAAAGGUUUAGGAUGGUGUCAUUGUGGAAAAUAAUGAAGGAUCGGUGUUCCUCCGUUUUUGGCAGAAUCUCAUAUGAAUUAACAUCCUCUCUAAUUAUCAAGUGAAACACAUGGCCAAUGGGAACUUGAGUCAAGAAGCCAAAUUAAAAGACAAAACCACAAUUGCUGCAUGUUAUAUUCUACUUAACAGACAUUAGUAGGGCAGCUGAUUCAUUGUCAUCUGAAGGCAUUAAAUAUGCAUUCCACAUCCCAUUAGACAAAUGCACAAAUAUAUAAUUGAUGCUGUGCUAAAUACAGGAGUAAGCAGAUUCACGUAUUACUCAGCCUUAUAGCUGUACUGUUUAUGGGAGUUCAAAGUAAUUAUUCAUCUGUGUACUUAUGGGAAAAGUGCUGAGCAUUAGCAAGGAAUACCACCUCUCCUGAAAGGUAUAAAAAAUACUGAAGCAGCUGAAUCUCAAGGCUCAUGAGGUUUAUUUUGCAGCACAAUCUGCACCGUUCCGGGUUAGUAAACCUUUUAUAUCUGCAACAAAGGUCACAUGCCCGCCCCAUGUCCGGGUUUCCUAGCAACCAUGCAGGCCAUCUCUGUGCCUGAGACCGCGAGACUGAAAGGCCAGUAGGCGGUACGGUCACCCGGGUUGGGGAGGCUCCAGUUGGUUUGCGUCUCAUUGCCCUUUAGUGACCCCUGCUGGUGUGCUUGAUAAAGCUGAACAUGAAGCAUCUUCCUCUAACUCGCCCCUGUGCCAGCUUGGCUUGUGAGCCACAGUGUGGGGAAAAAAGACAGCUGCUGACAUCAAAUACUUCAGCUUUUCUAUGGCCACCAGCAUCAACUGACUGCAGCUGGGUCCAAUUGGGGUGUUCCAAAUAGCAAGAGAAAAUUGGGUGGGAAAAAAAAGAAGAAAAAAAGAAAUAUUGCAAGUUUUCAGUGGGUAUUUUUCCUCACUUUAAGCCAAUUCUUAAGAAAGCUAUUCAUGAAUCCAGGUUAUUGGUUUAAUUAGUAUGUAUGUGUGCGUUACAAGGCCAGAGUGUUCUACGCCCAGAAAUAUUAGGCUAUGCAAUUCUUGCAAACCAAAGGAAAUCGUUGAUAGUUCUAUCACUGAUAUCAGAUUGAGCAACAAAAGUACACUUAUGUGACUUAAGCAAAUGCACCAUUGGUAACUUUCUUCGUUUGACUAUGUAGCAGAUCUGACUGAAAUGUUGCACUUGGUCCAACUGAUGACAUUAUACAAACUGUUAAUUUUCCAGUUUCCCCGUUCCCUUUUCCCCAGAGUACUCCCCCCUGAGGAAAUCCAGUUCAUAGCUUACAUUUUGUUAAAAUGCCUACACUGAUAAUAGUACAACCCUGCUGUAAAAUCCAGCUUGAGAACUGAACUGUUCAAGCUGGGUUUGAGCUGGUCAACCAGCAUGGCCAAGCUGGUCAUAAAGCCGGUCUCGCUGGGUAUGAGCUGGUCAAACAGCUAAACCGUGUCGAGCUGGGAGCUGGUCUGAACUGGUCAACCAGCUACCAGCUGUUUCAAAAGCUAGCAUCAGCAGUUCUUUCAGCAGGGCAGACAUUUGCAUUGUUUGUUUGUUACCAUGGUUUCCAAAGCUACUCACAGGUGACAGUGUUUCCCGUUACCAUGGGAACAUCCUCAGGCAGCCAUUUCCCGUUGGUUAUACUCUGUGACAGCACUUCACUGCCUGACCAACUGGGGCUUACCUUCAGUAGCACGACACUGCCAAACUGACAAUGUCAAGUUUUUAAAGGGGGGAUGGAGGGUGUCCUUAAAAUGUUUUUUUUUUAAACGACGGGGGGGUCACUGGGAGGUACACUUCCCAGGACUGAGAGACAGGGAUGGGGACAGGGGUACAAGACAAAGGUUUUACACAUCAGUGCUGUACAGUACCUUUCAGUACAGUUCUGGAAUAUUCUCAUCCACACCAAUCACGUUGUUGAUUGGCGGUAGGUCACUGGCUCACCGUCUCAAUUUCACACUUUGUGAACCAGCGAUAACAGUGUUAACUGCGGAAUAGGUUACUUCGGUCCGUUAUCUCGAUUCCUGUGUGAAUUAAUGUUACCGUGUUCAAAAUGGCAUCCUUUAAUUGAAGAUUGGCUCUGUGUGAUAACAUAUCAAACACCUCUGUCCACUGGCACUUUGUGGCAAUACAUGCUUUUAACCGUCUUUACUGAAAAAACGAAAACUGCUACUCUUACGUCUAAAUGCACACCCUUUCUGCUGUGAAGGAAUUCAGUAAUUAUGUGUUGGUGAAACAGUCCCACAAAGCAACUUUGCAAUGCAAGUAAUGCACUCAAAUCAAUUUCCUCCAUUUUGGACAGGAUUCAGUUUUGCACUUGGUAUGUAGAUGUGGAAAUGUUGCUUGCCCAAAAACAUGUAGAAAUAAUAAAAAAAUUAAAACAACAUUA